AUGGAGAAUCUUCCCAACGACCACUUCGUCACCAUUUCCGCCUAUACCCCGACUGUCUAUCGUGACCAAUACUCAUCCAUCGACCCGACAAGCGCAGCGCUGUCGCAAGCUGGCAAGGUCGUCAUUAUCACUGGCGCUUCUGCCGGGAUCGGUGCGCGGGGGCUUGCUCCUGCGUUCGCAAAAGCCACCCCGAAAGCCAUUGUCCUCGUCGGCCGGGACGCUUCGAGACUCCAGGCAACCGAAGAAGCCCUCAGGGACAUCACGACCCAAGUAGAAUACCUGUCCGUCCCGACUGACCUGUCAAGUCUGGCAUCGGUGGAUGCGCUCUUCGAGACGGUCAAGGCCAAGUAUGGUCAUGCCGACGUUCUGAUCAACAACGCCGGUACCUUCACGAGUGAAGCUCCCAUCGCCCACUCGGACCCAAGUGAGUGGUGGUUGGACUUUGAGGUCAAUGUCAAGGGCACCUACCUUGUGACCAGAGGGUUCUUGAGGCUGCUUGGGAGCGAACGCCAGGCGACCAUUGUCACCAUGUCGUCAGGACUUGCCACGAUGGUAGCGCCCACCAUGUCUGCAUAUUCCAUUUCCAAACUCGGCACUCUCAAGGUGGCCGAAUACGUUGCCGCGGAAUAUCCCAACGUCAACUCGGUCAUUUUACACCCGGGCAACGUGCUGACCAACAUGGUCGUCGAUUCAUUCCGACGGUUCUCGCUCGACACCCCUGAAUUGGUCGGCGGGACGGGCGUGUGGCUGGCUACGGAUGCAGCCAGAUUCUUGUCGGGCCGCUUCGUUUUUGCGAACUGGUCGGUAGACGACUUGGUCAAGCGCAAGGACGAGAUCACUGAGGGAGACGACCUCAAAGUCGUUUACCAGGGCAAAUUUGGGCUGGAGCAGUUCAAGUGA